CCGGUUGAGCGCGCUAUUGCCAUGCAGCUCUGCCCGCAAAGCGCUGCCGCCUGGAGAGGUAGUCCACGCCUUCCGUCCAGGGCCUGUAAGUUCUCGUCCGCUCUGACGGCUAAGGCUUACAGUGCUGCUGGACAGGCCGCUUCCGCCCUGCACGCCAUGGCCCUCCUGCAAGUCCACCAGGCCAAGGCGUUGAAGCAGCUGCACGAGGGUGGUGCUGACCCAGGUGUGCUGCAGGAACUGCGCACGGCGACGGACCUCGCGCUUAGGGCGACGAAAGUCACGGCGCGGGCCCUGGGUCAGACGAUGUCCACAUUGGUGGUCCAGGAGCGCCACCUAUGGCUGACCUUGGCGGAUAUGAGGGAGGCCAACAAGCAUCGCUUCCUGGACUCCUCGAUCUCCCAGGCCGGCCUAUUCGGCGAAGCGGUGGAGGGCUUUGCCCAACAGUUCUCCUCCGCGCAGAAGCAGACGGAGGCGUUUCGACACAUCCUGCCCCGGCGGUCUGCUGCUGUCUGCACCCCACCGCCGGCUGCAGCCCCUCUGUCUGCUCGUCGCCGAGGGCGCCCUCCUGCGGCCUCCACCUCCGCUCCGGCGCGGCCACAACAGCAGCCUUCACAACGGCCGCAGCGUGGAGCUGGCCGCAGGAAACCGGCGCUGCCCGCCUCCGCCCCUGCCAAGCCUGUGAAGCGCCAGAGCAGGCGGCGUCCCUGA